AUGAUCGUCGCUGUUCAGUUUCUGUACUGUUUUCUUAAAGAAGUUUUGGAAGCACUUCUGGUUGGAUACAGUGAUGAAGGCGAACAUGAGAUCGCCAGAGAAGACGCUACUUGUUUCCGUUCUGAUGCUGCCGAUGGUGAGUGUCAUAAAACAUGAAUGACUGUGUGGUGCUAGUUUUAAAACGUUGCGUUUGAGCGGGAAGUAAGCGUUCCCUGUUUGUUGUGCUGAACUCUGAUUGUAUAAUUUACGCGUGAUAAUUUGCGUACAUUGUACAUGAUUGAUCCAGGUAUGACGGACGCGAAAAGCAAAGCAACAAGUGAAGAGAAAUUUGUUGGCACCACUGUACGCAAUUGUGAGCGCGCCCCUUUGAAUUUAUAGCUAUUGAUUUAUGAUGCUUAUUGAAUAUAUUUUUGUUGUCUGAAUUAGCCGAACUAAUCAAGCGAGGUUAUAUCACAGUGGAUACUACAGUAGAUGAUGGUGUUCUUGCAAUUAAUUCAGGACAAUGCUCAGAUCCAAAUUUGUCUGGAGGUGAACUAGGCUAUGAAACAGCCUCUCGGUUAAGUUGCUUGAAAGCACAAGUGGACGCUUCAUCAAGUUCAGGUGUGGUGUACAUGGAUUUUGAUGAAGAUUGGGAUGAUGGCAUAGUAAAUAAUGACCACAAAAUAGAAUUAAACAACCCAAGAACUCUAAGUGAUGAUAUUGUGCCAGACGGUAUGAGCCAGGCAUAUUUGUUAAAGAGUAAUUUCUCUCUGGGUGCUACUGGCAAGAAUGAUUUUUUGUUUGAAGAAACUUUGUCAACAUGUUCCUCAGACUCAGAUGCCUGGGGUAGAAAACCAUCCAAAGACGAUCCCAGAAGCUAUGAAAAGUCAUCUCUUCAUUUUUUGUCAGAAAGAGAGUGGCUGGAUGAACUUGAGUCACUUUACUUCUCAGAUAUGAUAACAGAACUCAAGUCAUCACUUUUGCAAGCUUUUGAAGCCAGCAAGGACUGUUUUGAUUUUGUGCUCUUUAUUGUCAAGUUUGCUGACUUUGAUAUUCAAAGUGGCAAAAAGUCACUUGCUUAUUUGACCCUUGUUGAGUUUGAAGCUUGGCUUAAAUCAAAGACUGAAGGGAGAGGUAUUGAAGAAGUAAAGCUGUUAGGUUAUUGGCCAACUGACAAUCAUAAGGAUUUGGCACUGGAUGUAGUGGUUUCCUCCACUUUUCUCCUUUUUGAGCCAAUAAAAAGGACAUUUCAACUUGACGUGGGAGACAAUGGAUUUUUGGCUAAACAUGUGAGAUUUCUAAUGCAUUCAAAAAGGAGAUACAGGGAGGUGAGUACUAUUUUUAAUGUCAAUUUACCAGUUAACGACAUUUAAACUCUUUUGCUCUUACAAACUUGCUGCAAGAUUAAAUAUCUCAACCUCUAACUUUUAAAUCUGUGGAUGAAAUCGGACAUGUAUGGUAAAGUUGAUCAUUUAAAAAACUGUUUUAUUCUAUCAAAAUUUUCAUUUAAGCAUUUAUAUGAAUUUGCUACAUGCUCAUGUACCUAUAUUUUCCCCUUUUUCCAUAUGUUCUAUAAAUUUUCAAAUCAAUUGAAUAUGACAAAACCCUGAUUUUUCAUUUUGUAACUCUUCGAGGAACAUAUUAGAAAAUCAAAAUUCUAGUGAAAUACAAAAAUCUGUUUGAGUUUUAUUUUGCAAUGGCUGAUUUACAUGCUCAUCUUAUAGAAGCUAGGAAAAAUGAAAAAUUAUAGUGUUUUUGCAAAAAUAAUAGUUAGUAUAUAAGAUAUCCAGUAACUGGUAGUAGAUGCAUUAUAUUAGAAAACUUAGGUGAUAACUACAGGUUGUAAAUGGUUAACAAAUAUAUAGAACUCCAGCUUUAAAUGCUUUCAUACAUCUUGUGUGUUCACAAAGUAGGUUUCAACAGUACAUCAUAUACAACAUAUUUUAAAUUUUCUUGCAACAGGCAGCUACCAUUGCAUUCAAGUUAAAUCUUCAAAAACACUUUGAUGUAACUGAGGUAACUAUACUUAAUUGUUUAAAAUAAAUUGUUGAAUUGUCAAUUCUAACCCUAUUAGAUAAUACAGGCUGAAUGGGAUAGUUUUCCAGGCAAAAAUCUAAGUUCUAACCUUUUUGUUUUCAAUAAUCAAGCUUUAUACAAUGUAUUAUUAAUAUUUUUUUAGAAUUUCCUUAUUCUGGGCAUUCUUCACAAUGUUUCUUUUGUGAGAGUUUUUUUUCAAAAAUUAAGGUAUUUUAUCUGAAGAAAAUUAUUGACUAUUAUCUUGUCUUAGCUAAGAAGAACUUAGAUGUAGUCUCUAUUAUAUACGGAUAAGAGAACAAGUGCUAUUUACAGGUAGUGUUGGGAAUUGGCUUUUACAUUAAUGUAUUUCAAAAUUGAUCAUCAGAAGUUCCAAUGUAAUCAGUCUGACCGAACUACUGGAUCAUCAAUAACAAUGGAAAAAACCUCUGGAUUAUAUAUUGCAUUGUAUUUUCCACUUGCCUGCAAGUUAAAAAAAUGAGGUUGUUUUUUAACUGUGGACAACUUUUAAAUUAAGUAUGACAACCAUGUUGUAGAACAUGACAAAGUGAAAAUACAUAUUCAAAAUAUAUGUGGUCAUCAAUGGUCGAACUGCUUGAAGUUUCUAAUUUUUUCUCAGACUCUAUGGCAGUCUUGUGGUUACUGUAAGUUCAUCACUAUGAAAUCAGGCAGGCUUCUUUAAAAAUUCAACUUACGAUAUUGAUCAGUUGAUACAAGAGGCAAUUUUUUAUAAACAUUUUGUCAUGUAAUUUUUCUAGAUCUUGCUGCCUUUGGUAAUUGUGGAUAAGUUACAGUUAGCAGAAAGGUAACAUUUAAAGAUCAUUCAAAAUAGGCAAUCUAUUUCCAUUUGGAAUUUCAGCCCAAGUCCUACAUAUGAUUUGGACACCUUGCAGGUUUCAACUGAUUGUUUUCUUUGUACACAUAGUUAUGUGGCAGGUUGCCCAAUGUCCUUGCAGCUGUUCAUGAGGAUGCUGGAUGAUUUAUGUGGAAUGACAGAUGAUGAACUGGAGAUAGUUGCUGAGUAAGUCCAUUAUUACCUGUGUAAUCCCCUGAAAAAAUUAGAAUUUUACCCUGGAAAUUCUGCGGGUAACGCAAGAAAGCCAGGAAAUAGCCCAGAAAAGCCAGGAGUGUCUGUGCAGGCUCUCCUAGCUUUCCAGGCGUCUCCUAGAAAUGGCUGUAAAACCAAGAUAAAUUUUUCUACAUUGUAUGCUUUCAUGGCUUUGAUCCUCAUACAGAAAAAAGCCCAGAGCUUCUGACUUUUUUUAUCAUCAUUUAUAUAUUUCAGCUUUGUGUAUUGUUUGCCUCACUGUAGUCACUUUUUCUGUACCUCAAAACAGUUACUGCACUUUGUGUGGUACUGUACACUACAUCUGUGAUAGACACAUCUUCAGCAAUUGUGCUUUGUCUCAUAAUUUUAGGUUAAGUCCUACAGUGUAGAAGCUCUGCUUUUAAUACAGCCAGUGCAUUAUGUAUCUCCAGUGGGUUUGAAUGAGUUGGAAAAAAUAUGUAGUAUAUGUAGUUCAUGAUAGUAGUCAAUAACGGUUGAAAAAUUCAGUGACAGUAACUUGAAAAGAUGUAUUCUUCAGCUGGGGUGGGAUAAUUGAUUGCUUGAUGUUUCUAUUAUAAAACCCUGCCAACAUUAGCAAAGACCUGAGUCACUUUAAAAUAUUAUUAUUUGAUCUCCUCCAGAAAAACUUUGUCUCCAAAACCAAAGGAUCACAGACUGAAGAACAAGACUCUUGUCAAGCUUGGUGAGAGGAUGGUAAAAAUGUUUAACUUGAAGGCGGGUGAGUGCAAAAAGUAAUGAAAAUAAUAUUCCAGUUGCUUAUAAGUAGAAUAACUUUUAAAAUAGAGGUAACAUGCCAUUGAAUCUACACUAUGCACUGUUUAAGAAUCCGAAAAUUUUCAUUUGGAUUAAAAGCUUAAAUUAUAUGUUCUGAUUUAUAUGACUGCACAGUGCAUUACCAGCCAAUAAUAUAUUGCAUCAAAAACUACUGGUACACUGUAUGUACUCAUAUCCAUCAGUUUUACUCUUCAUUACAUGUACAUCAUCAAUCUACAUUGUACAUCAAUCAUCAAUCCUAGUGAAUUCAUUUUGUUUCCUUUUGAAUAUUUCAGAGAAUUUUCCCAAUAUAUACAAAGAAAAGAACUUAAAUGGAUUAAGAUACCUGUUACAAAAGAAGUACUCCGAGGUAAGCUUUGAGCGACUUUUUUUUAUGAAAUUCUUUAGAGUGUGGCCACUAAAAUCUCAAAUGUAGUACAAUGAAAGGCGUGUAGUUCAAUGUACAUGUAUGGUUAACUAUGAUACCAGAAUGUCCUGUCAUGUUCGAGAAAACAAACAGCAAUUUUUUUUCCAUGCCGUUUGAGGUGUUCAACGGACCGUAUUUUUCACCAGGAACUAAUUUUGGAAGUUUGUUUGUGAAUAAUGGAUCCGUAAUCUUGCAAUUGGAAUGACCAUACUGUUUAAUGACCUUUAAUGGCUAAGUGCCGUCCAUGGGUUCUUCAAAUCUUUACAUGGCACGUUCAGGAGCCUUGCGCCACAUUUUUUGAAACUUUACUCGUAACGUUUAGGAAGUACUGCAUCUACAUGUAUUCUACGGACUAUUGUGUAAACACUGUUGACUAUUUUUGGCCAAAACGAUGUCCCACGAGGCGAUUUGCAACAACGAUUUUUAGGGCUGCAAUGUUGGAACAGUGCUCUAACAGUUCGAACCGUUGUAGACUCGCCAUUCUACAUUGAAGGCCGAUAAGAUGAGUGCCUGAUUAAAGAUUCAUGGAAUAUAAUCACGUGUCAUUUUCUUUUACUUAGAAACAGCCACUGAAUCAGAAAUGGGACAACCUUAUUGAGGUAAGAAUUCCUGUACGGAUUGUUACACAGCAACAAAUUUUUAUCGCUUGGAAAUCAAAUUCAUUCCUUUGUCGUUACUAAGACUGCACGACUAACCUGAAAUGUCUUUGUCCUCGUCCACACGUGUCUGAAUAUUUUUGAAAACGGAGAUUUUUUUCCGUUUUCGAAAAACUACGCGUCCACACGUAGCGUAUUCAAGUCGUUUUCGCCCGUCCACGCGAAAACGCUAAAACAAUGGAAAUACGAUAACAUCCUUACAUAGAAUGCGCGCGCUGUAUGAUGUGACAUCAUCGUAUUAUCCGUCUUUGUCCUUCCAAAGAAAAGUGAUAAGCCGGCGUUUCCAAAAAUGUUCACUCUUGGGACCGCUUUCGAAAACCUGCGUUUUAGGUCCAUAAAAAACGCCGUUUACGCGUGGACCGAAGACUAAAACGGCUGAAAAAAUCUCCGUGUUCAAAAAUAUCUUGAUACGUGUGGGCUAGAAGACAUUUCAGGUCGUAGUCUUGCAGUCUCAUGGCCUGUUUUAUACGAGGUGCGCCGGCCAGGUUAGCCGGGCUGACACCCUUAACCGGGCCGGCUCGGGUAAUGCCUUGUUUCCUCAUAAUUGUUGCGUUGUAUUAAGAUGAGAAGACGGGCGCGCUGCCGGCCCGCUUGUCAAGAUCCAGGUUGCUUGAGCUGAGACCUGGUAAGUGGGCCGGUCCGUCCUCUCAUAUUAACACAACGCGAGUUUAUGAGGAAAUAAGGAAUAAACCGAGCCAGCCCGGUAAUAUAAACAGGCUCUCAGUAACGGCAAAGGAAUGUACCAAAAGUGAAGUUUGAUGGUCGUGCAGAGUUGAUUUUUUUAAACCUGUUGCUUUUUUGUCGUUCUCGCUGCCGUCGUGGUUGCUUCAGCUCUGUUGUAUAUGAAUGUAUUGCUCCUAACAGACUGCCCUUGGAGAUAACAAAUGGCUACAGCACAAGCUGAUAGAGAGCUUGGUGGAGUUUGAAGAUUUUCAUGAAGCUGCGAGAUGGACUAUGUAUUACUCCUUGCCUCUGGAAUCAGUUCCUGUUGAGGUUAAACAAGUUAUCGAUUCCUGGUAAGCUUGCAUCAUUAGCUCUUGCUAGAAAUACGUCGUUGAAUGACACAACUUGCAAAAUUUUUUUUUCUAUAGGAUCUAGUCUUUUCUUUUUGACCUCCUCUUUUUGAGAAAAGAAUAUAAUCACAGUCAUUGUGUCCUGAGUGCUCCCAUAUGAGAAUGACUGGGAUGCUUCUCGUCUCACUUAGGGAUAGAAAUUGCAGAUUUUGGUCUCACUUAUAGGGUAUCCAGGGCAGAAGGACAAUAUUUUUUCCAUUAAGGUAUCGUUCAGGGGCUUUAUACGUAAAGAAUAUAGAAUGAUAAAAAAAGAGACACUGGUACUGUGUUGGAGUGUGGUCUCCGUUAGGGUCGCGCAAAGCCUGAGUCACUCCUAAAUGUACAUUCGUCUCCUACUCGAGGCAGGGUAAUUGUAAUUUCCGAAGAGAAUCUCCUUGUCUUUUACAAUGGAGUCACCCGGGUAUUAGUGUCAUUCAAACACAAACAUCGCGAGACGUUUUCAUUUCAGGUGUGUUCGUAAUACCAUGGAUGAUAAAUUUUAAAUCCUUACCUUUGGCGCGAAGUUUCAUGCAGCGUUAAUUUAUAGUUUUAACAUUUCACAGGUAAGGAAAGAACGACUGGACAACUGACAAUUUGACUAAAAAUAAACGACCGUACGUGUUUAACUGUGAGUCAAUACGAGUCUUCAUAGCCAAUAACAUCACGGUUUAACUGACAGACGACCAAUAACAUCGCGACUUGAUUGACCAAUCAGGUCAAUAACCAGAGUUUAAUACCAUCAACUGACGUGAUACAAAUCACUUUUUGACUCUGAAGAUGACUACCGUACAGGUUGUCGAAACGUCAGUCACUGUCAUCCAGAACAGUCCUAUUCAGAACUGCCUUCACCCGGACCAUUAUGCUCAACGUCUUUUUAAAAAUAAUAUCGCCCGCAACGUUUUCUAUAUCGUUUUCUAUGGAGAGAAACUAAAUACGCAAUAGAACACAGUCAUCAAGAAGUUAUAACAGGCUUUUAUGAAAAAAUUCAGAACAUUGUCAACUUUAGCCAGCAUUUAUGCUUUAAAUUUUAUAAUGCUGAUUUUGCAUAUUCUUGCUAUCAUUUUUAGUCAGUAAUUUUACCUAGCCUUUAAUUCUGUCGCCAUUUUCUCGAGUUCCCCUCUCACGCCAAAACAGCUAAGAUGCCGUGCCGCUGUUUUGCCUGACGUCAAUGAUUCUACAGUGGAAUGUCGAUAUUGUGAAGGGGUAAUGGACUGCAAAAUGUGUUCGUUGUCACGACGUUUCGUUAUUUCGAGUUUCUUUUCCAUAUAGUUGACUAUUAGAGGGGUAAAGAAAAUCGUUCGUUACACCGAGGACUUCGUUAUAAAGAAGUUCGUAUAUUGUAUUACACAAUCAUCGAUGUCGGAGUGAAUGACGUCAGUGAUGAUAUAAUCUUAGCAUCCUCCAAGUAUAGUUAGCGUUAGUUGGUUAUGAAAAAAAAAUGACCAGUAGAUUAAAGCCAUUAAGAAACGGAAAAACACUUUGAUUGAAUAACAAUACUGGUUACCGUCUGAAGUUUUUUUUUGUUGAUUU